GCUGCUCUUCGCUUUUCUCUUGGUUUCUGCCUUGGCUGAGCUACGCUUCGCUUCGCGGAGCACGUUCGGACACGGUAAUCACCCCGUGCCCGAAGCGACAACUGGAGCGGGUGCCAGACAUUUGCAGGACUGUGAGGUUAUUCGCUGGGCCGAACUUUGUGAACGGAAAAAGUUGACGGUCGGGUCGUGUUUUCAACUCAAGCCCAGCGUGGAAGCGCCGUUCUGCGAGCUGCAGUCGCAUGGGGCACCCGUGCAGCUGCGCCCAGCCGCUGGAGCCGCUGCCGGGAUUCUGACCUUGAGCUCCGGGGAGCUGCGCAUCACCGGGCAAUUUCAGAUGAUUUCGCUCCGUCUGGUAGCCAAGAGUGUUUUGCUUGCAGAUGCUCACGUGGAAGCGUGGCAUGGAGCUCCAUCGCCAAACUCUACCGCACCUGGUGGCGCCUUUUACAGCAAGGGGUCAUUCACUUUGACCAGAUCCCGCUUAACAGUGAGAGAUGCUGGAGCUACUACAAUGAGUGGUGGUGGCUUCGCAGCUGAUGGAGACCUGAGCGUCCGCCACUCGGAAGUUGUGAUCGAAAACGUUGCAGCGAUGUACGGCGCUGGUUUCUCUGCGGGAAAUAUCGACAUUUCUGACAAUUCCAGGAUCCUCAUCCAGAACACCAGAUGCAGCAAGAACGGUGGAGCCUUCCAAACAGGCGGACGUUUGCAGGUGACCAACAGCUCACUUCUCAGCCUUCAGAAUGUGACCACUGGAGAGAGUGGAGGAGGUUUUGUUGCUGUUGAUGGGGUUGAGAUCGCUGGGAACUCAACCAUGAACAUUUCCAACAGCCACGCUGAAACAAGUGGGGGUGGUUUUUAUGCAGAGAAGGAUUUGAACGUGUCCAGCGGCUCAAGAGUCAUCCUUCGGAAUGCGACGGCUGGAUUGUCUGGAGGAGGAUUUUUUGCCAGAGGCAGGACAUUUAUCAGUCAUUCCACAGUCAGCAUCCAAAAUGCCAGGGCCUGGCUGUAUGGUGCAGGAUUCUAUUCCCAAAAGGAAGUGGUCAUUGAUGAGAUGUCCACUGUCCGCAUUUCCGAUUCAAGAUCUGAAAAAACAGGUGGAGGUUUCGUAACUGACAAGUGGUUGCGGGUGACCAACAGCUCACUUCUCAGCCUUCAGAAUGUGACCACUGGAGAGAGUGGAGGAGGUUUUGUUGCUCUUGAAGAGGUUGAGAUCGCUAGGAACUCGACUGUAAACAUUUCCAACAGCCAUGCUGAAUCAGGAAAGGGUGGAGGUUUUGUCGGUCAGGAUGUGAAGGUGUCCUCUGGCUCAAGACUUAUCCUUUGGAAUGCGACAGCUGGACAGUCUGGGGGCGGAUUCGCUGCAUACGGCAGGUGUCCUCUGGCUCAAGACUUAUCCUUUGGAAUGCGACAGCUGGACAGUCUGGGGGCGGAUUCGUUGCACACGGCAGGAAAGGGUGGAGGUUUUGUCGGUCAGGAUGUGAAGGUGUCCUUUGGCUCAAGACUCAUCCUUUUGAAUGCGACAGCUGGACAGUCUGGGGGCGGAUUCGUUGCAUACGGCAGGAAUGCAGGAGGUUUCCUGGCCUUUGAUGGGGUUGAGAUUGCUGGGAACUCAACCGUGAACAUUUCCAACAGCCAUGCUGGAACAGGAGAUGGGGGAGGUUUUUACACAGGAAGCGGAUUGAACGUGUCCAGCGGCUCAAGAGUCAUCCUUCGGAAUGCGACGGCCGCUGGAGAUGGAGGAGGAUUUUUGGCUAAAGGUAGGACAUUUAUCAGUCAUUCCACAGUCAGCAUCCAAAAUGCCAGGGCCCGUCUGCUUGGUGCAGGGUUUUGUGCAGAAGGAGUAGCAUAUGUCAACGCAUCUGCAGUGGCCAUGCUCAGCACCCAUACAGUGUCAGAUGGUGGUGCUUUUUCUGUGCUUGGUUUGACUUUGCACAGAAGUUCGAUCUCCAUUGGCAACUCCACUGCAGUGGGAUCAGGGUCGGGAGGUCGCGUAGAAGGCCAAGUGCUCCUUUCGUCUCAGUCCAACUUGGUGGUGAAACAGGCGCAAGGUCGUGAGAAUUCCAGCGUGCUGGCAGCAAGUUGCCUCCACCUAAGAGAUCGGUCACGCGUUCUUUUUGAGGAUGUCAUCAGCGGCCAUGGGGUGGAGCUCCAAAACAGGGGAUGCUCCAGAAGUUGCUCAAACAGCACCUUCCAUGUCGCAGCAGAUGCAGUCCUCAACGCCAGUGGUCGUUUUAGCUCAGGUCUUCUAUCCCUUGCAGCCUGCCCAAAGGACCCGAAGGAGAAGGUACGCCUCUCCGGGAUCCACCUCCAGUCGUCCAGUUCGUUGCUCAGCACCCAGCCAAGUGUCCCAAGCUCUGUGGUGGUCGACCAAGUGACUAUCGACUACGAGCCACCUGUCAACAAUUUACAGAUCCUAGCUGCCAAGGAUGGCUUCGAGAUCGACUCUUUGACUGUUUCGUGCCAGAACUGCACCUGGGGCGUUACUUUGAGUGCAACGAAGGACGGAAAGCAGCUAAGUAAGCCCCACUUCUUCUUUCAAAAUGGCGAUUGUCAGAAGUGUGGAAUCUUCAUUGCCUGGUCUGAUGGAAGAACGGAUUCUUGCAAUGUUCUACCAGGCAAGACGGAGUUGAUCACGCUUUUGACAGGUGCUGCAGUCAUGGUCUUCUUGACUUUCUUCGCCUUCGAGAUUUUGAAGGCUCCUUUGGUGAUCGUUGAUGCAAAGUCAGAUUUGGCAGACCCGACACAAGCUGAAAGCAAGAGGAUGUUCACGCUUUCAGUGCAAGGGCCCAUAGUUGAUCUUCACGAUAGCCUGUCUCGAUUGGUGCACUGGUGGGUGCGUUAUCAGGCGAAGGGAACGGGCUUGAGAUGGCUAGACUGA